GGAACUCUUGUUAACAGAACACCCCGGCAGGCCGUCGCAAGCAGUCUGUAGAGGAGUCGCGUUGUUUUCGGGGCCUAUACUUCCGACAUUUUAUAUCUCACUGGAUAAAGUAAACACAGUGGAGGUUUUUGUAUGUGUCGUUGUGUGGUGUAGGUCGUAGCAAUACCACUCGGAAUUAAACUGGAUGCAUAAAUCUGUGCUUUUGCUGGAGCUGUGAAACUUGUUUUACUCCGAAGCGUGCCUGGAUACGUCAGACCUCGCCUGCUCGCUGCGGUUACAUUUUUAUCGCUAUCUAAACAGAAUUGUUUGCGGGAUUACACCGCCACUAUGCGCACUAUGUAGCGAAGUGAAUAGUGUGCUGGUGGUAGCUGUUAGACGUUUAUCGGCUUUUUAGUUUUAAACACCGUGCCUUGGCGGAAAGGAGAGGAUUUCGUUUUAUUUAAGGUCAAUUGAGGAUGAGUGAGCAGGGGAGUGGGGUCGUUUCCUUUGAUGAGUAUGUGCGGCAGAAGGCCCGCACUGUGCCUCAGCACAGGAUGAAGGAGUUCCUGGAGUCUCUUUCCAAGGGCCCAGAGGUGCUGCAGGAGUUCAGCCAGCAGGAAGGUGCGGCCACCACCACAGCCAUGGUGUACCAGCAGCAGGGUACCAACUGUGUCUACGCAGACAGUACAGAGGUGGCUGGCUCUCUGUUAGAGCUGGCUUGUCCGGUACAGGUGACCUCAGCAGAGAUUUCGCCUCAUCUGUCUGUGCAUCAAGAGUCUGAACAGCAGCUUCAGGUGCAGGUUCAGAUUCAGGAACAGCAGGGCCAAUCAGUUGGCCAGGUUCUUCAGGUGGCCUCCCCCUCACAGCAGGACCUGCAGGGAAUCUCAACAGCCCAUUUUGUCCAGCAGGGAGAGCUCACAGAGGAGCAGCAGCAGCAGAUUCAGGCACAGCUGGUUGCUGCUGUAGCUCGAGGACAACAAAUCCAGUUGUCAAGUGGACAACAAAUCCAGUUACAAGGAACGCAGCAUAUUCAGCUGCCAGGUGGCCAGCAAAUUCAACUUCAGGCUGGCCAACAUAUUCAGCUACAGGAUGGCCAACAUUUUCAGUUACAGGAUGGCCAACAUUUUCAGCUACAGGAUGGCCAUUUUCAGCUACAGGAUGGCCAGCAAAUUCAGCUACAGGAUGGCCAGCAAAUUCAGCUACAGGAUGGCCAGCAAAUUCAGCUACAGGAUGGCCAGCAAUUUCAGCUACAGGAUGGCCAGCAAAUUCAGCUACAGGAUGGCCAGCAAAUUCAGCUACAUGGUGGCCAGCAAUUUCGGCUACAGGGAGGCCAGCAAAUUCAGCUACAGGAUGGCCAGCAAAUUCAGCUACCAGGUGGCCAGCAAAUUCAACUACAAGGUGGCCAAAAAAUUCAGCUACCAGGUGGCCAACAAAUUCAGCUACAGAGGGGCCAACAGAUCCAGAUUCAGACCAUAGAGGCCAUGUCUCCUUCGCAGCAACAGGACUCACCCAGGGAGGCAGAGAGGAGGUCCACAACUGUCCCAACUGUUCUCCAACCUGCAAAGAAGCGCAAGAUGGAUGUCCCUCUAUCUGUGUCUUAUGCUGUUACACAGGGGCAGCAGGUGGCCACAGUUCUAACCAUCCCUCAAGGGCAGCAGCAGAGCUAUGUGUCCCUACGACCAGAUUUGCUCACUGUUGACAGCGCUCAACUGUACAGCACUACAGGAACAAUCACAGGUCCCACAGGUGAGACCUGGACCAUCCCUGUGUACUCCACUCCACAGCAGCAGGGGGUAACUCACAUUGCCAUACCACAGGACACAUACAGCACAAUGCAAGUUGCCACCACCAACGGUAAGGACAAAAUGUCCCCCAGUUCCUCAUCAAGGUCUGCAGAUGUGCAGUCGGCUGCCACUGGGACGCAGGAAGAAAUAGUACAGACCCUGUUCCCAGCACAGUUCAUGAACGGGAACAUUCACAUCCCUGUGGCAGUGCAGACUGUAGGAGGGACUUACAACGCUGCACAGUCAGUACACAUAUGGGACCCAAAUAAACAGCAGAGCCAAGGAGAAGAGGGACAAGAGCAGCAGCUCCAUCUGCAGGGUCACAUAGAGACGGAGUCUCAUGCUGAACCGCCUACAGAGAUCAUGGUUCCUGUUUGCCUGAAGCCAGAGGAAGGCCUGGAGGUCUGGCGCCUUUGGGUGAAACGAAAAAACGCGGAGCUAAACAAGCAGGAAAAGAACAAGCUUGCACCCAUAGGACGUCGUCAGCCCCUGCGUUUUCAAGAAGACUUGGUGUCCAGCGCGGUAGCUGAGCUAAACUUGGGUCUUUCCCUGAUGACGCAGGAGGCACGAGGAUCAGACGAAGAGCAAUUCACAUCCGAUGUUCUAUAUUAUGUUUUCUUGUGCAUACAAAAGUAUCUCUCCGAAAAUGGACGUGUGGACGAUAUUUUCUCUGAUCCGUAUUACACACGUUUUUGUGGAUGUUUACACAAAAUCCUGGAUGGUUGGAAACCCAGUGUCCAUCCUUUAGGUUAUGUCAUCCCAAGUCACGUAACAGAGGAGAUGCUGUGGGAGUGUAAACAACUUGGUGCACAUUCACCAGCCACAUUGCUUACAACUCUAAUGUAUUUCAACACUAAGCAUUUCCACCUAACAACACCCGAACAGCACAUGAAAGUAGCUUUCUCUAAGGUCCUAAGACACACGAGGAAGAACCCCGCUAAUGUCAAGGACAAAGCGACCAGCAUCCGCCUUCUCAAAGGGCAAGGUCCACAAAGUGCAGGACAGAAUGGCGCUCAAUACAAAACUGAUGACAUGUAUGAAGAGCAGGCGGAGGAUCCUGAGAAUCCCCUUCGCUGCCCCAUUAAACUUUAUGACUUUUAUCUCUUCAAAUGUCCUCAAAGUGUUAAGGGACGCAACGAUGCAUACUACAUGACUCCAGAGCCUGUCGUUGCACCAAACAGUCCGAUGUGGUACUCAUCUCAGCCCCUCACGAGUCAGCAAGUUGAGCACGUGCUGGCCCGCAUCAUCGUGGUCCGAGAGAUCCAGGAGAUAAUCGGCGUUGGUCCGGACUGACUGGACUCACAGAAACAUGUUCUCCAGUCACUGAUUGUUGACUAUGCAGUAUCCAUCCUGACUCUAUAAACCUCAAUUACCAUCAUCUCAAAUCAAAAGGAACCACUUCUGGAACAAUCAUUUGCUCUCUUAGGAGUGCAUCAUAAAAGCAAAGAUUUUUUUCUCACUACACAUUUUCUGUUUUCAGCUGAUGGUUUGGACUGUUCUUUCUUUUGACUACCUUUGUAAGCCAUUGCCUCUGUAACCUUUAAACUGGCAAGUAAGGGAGGCUAUAGUCUGACCGCUGCUGGAAUUUGAUUGACCUCCUGCCCUCUAGACUCUGCAAAUGUGGUACAUUUUCCUAUAAAAGUAUCAAUUUGAGGAUAUAACCCUUCAGUGCUUAACCUCACAGACCAUUUAACACAUAUUGCGUAUCUUCAAAGUCCCACUAUGAUACAUGACAUCUUAAUGGACAAUUACAGGGACUUCUUCUCACAAUUGUUUUGUAUACUGACUGCAUUUUGGAUCACAUAAUUGAUACGUUCAAAACUGAAGAACUUGUGCCUGUUUUCAAAAAUGACGUCAUUAUUUA